ACCAAAUACUUUUUCAGAUCAAAUAAUUGAAUGAUUUUUAAAGUUAAAAGUAUCCCUCCUAAUUUUUUUUUCCUGUUUAGAAUAUGGAUUUUGUCACAAGAAGAUGGUUCUGCCUGCCACUAGGCUGUGUGCUGCUGAUCAAUCUGGUUAAGGCUGAUUUUGAAUUUCAAAAGGGAGUGCUUGCCAGCGUCAGCCCAGGGAUCACUGGAGACAUUGACCUCCAGUGCUGGAAAACUUGUUCUUUGACACUGAUGGAUCUCAAGGAACUCAAGAUAGAACACAAUGUGGAUGCUUUCUGGAAUUUCAUGUUGUUUUUGCAAAAAUCGCAGCGGCCUGGACAUUAUAAUGUCUUUUUAAACAUAGCUCAGGAUUUCUGGGACAUGUAUGUAGACUGCUUGCUUUCAAGAUCUCACGGAAUGGGUAGAAGACAGGUGAUGCCCCCCAAAUACAAUUUUCCACAGAAAAUAACAGGAGGACUGGAUUUUACAAAACAUGAGUACUAUAUUUACGAUGGAAAACAUGGACUGUACCUCAAGCAAGAUGACACUCACCUGAAAGCUCAAUUCUGUCAGUAUUUAUGAGGUCAUUUACUGUAGUAAUUAUUUCUAAUACUUCAUGAUCCAGGUUAUAUUUUUGUUGGUGUGUAAUUGCUUUACUGAUACUAAAUUGUCAUUCCCAUCUUUUCAGGUAAUUUGUUAAUAAUUUUUGAUUUAGAAGUCAUCGUAAAGACUUAGUUUUAAAGAAAACAUCACUUAGAUGCAAAUGUGAUAUAUUUUUAAUACAACAGUCAAUGGAGUAAAAUUGUAACUAAUUUCAUAAGUUCUCUUAUACAUUAAUAUUGACUUUAAAACUGUACCAGAACUAAUGCCGGUAUUAUCAUAAAAAGUAUUAUUUAAUCUUGAUGUAGUGUACUGUGUGGCUUCUGAAAUAUGC